AUGGCGAUGUGCCCCUGCCUGAUCCUGGACACUAACGGCGCCGAGUGCAUGCAGGACCACUGCUUCCAGAUCCCUGAAGUCAAGCUGGAUGUGGAAGGCCGAAGCGUGGUGAAGCGCCAGAGCCGAUACGUGCUGCCCUGCGGCUACGGCGGCAUGUACAAUCACUUGGAGCGGGGCGAAGGCGAGAACGUGCAAUGGUUCUUCGAUGAAACCACUCAAUGCUGUGUCUGGGUGGCUCAGCCAAAGGAGGGGGUGGAUUCGAUCCAGCGGAACGAGGAGCUUUGCUUCGAUUAUGGAGAGGCCUACUGGGAUGCCCCCCACCGGCGUUUCCAACGACCCAAGGCUCGUGUUGCUGAAGCUGGUGCUUAG